GUGAGCAAGCUGACCUGUUGGGAAUGUUGCGAGGAUCCUUGAAGACUUGAACCAGGUCCGGCAUUAACAUUCACGCCAAAAAGGAAACUAGUACAGUAGAAGGUUGGAUAUUUUAUUCUACAAACACUUAUUCUCUGCAGCAAGAGCUUCCCUGGCUAGGGCAAGAGCUGCCAUGCCAUUUAGUUGUCUGACACUCGGGGAAAAGAAGGAUUACAAUGACCCCUCAGAAAUCAACGAAAAAUAUGACCUGGGGCAAGUUGUUAAAUCGGAGGAGUUCUGCGAGAUAUUCCGGGCGAAGGACAGGAACACGUUGAAAAUGUACACCUGCAAAAAGUUCAACAAAAAGGACGGCAGGAAUGUGAGGAAAGCUGCCAAGAAUGAAAUAAUGAUCUUGAAAAUGAUAAAACAUCAUAACAUCUUGCAGCUGGUUGAUGCUUAUGAAACGAAGAAAGAUUACUUCAUUUUUCUGGAGCUAGCCAUGGGCAGAGAGGUUUUUGACUGGAUCUUAGAUCAGGGCUACUACUCGGAGAGAGACACCAGCAACGUAAUGAGACAGGUGCUGGAGGCUGUGGCCUACCUACACUCCUUGAAAAUUGUCCACAGAAAUCUAAAGCUGGAAAACCUUGUGUACUUUAAUCGCUUGAAACACUCUAAAAUUGUUAUCAGUGACUUCCAGCUGGCUAAACUGGAAAACAGACACAUUAAGGAUCCGUGUGGGACUCCAGAGUACCUUGCUCCAGAGGUUGUUGGUCGGCAGCGAUAUGGAAGACCUGUAGACUGCUGGGCAAUAGGAGUCAUCAUGUACAUACUUUUGUCCGGGAACCCUCCUUUCUACGAUGAUACCGACGAGGAUGACCCUGAUAGUCGCGACAAGAACCUUUUCCUAAAGAUCUUGUCGGGGGACUAUGAAUUUGACUCACCAUAUUGGGAUGACAUUUCAGAUUCUGCCAAGACCCUGGUGGCAUCUUUGAUGGAGGUAGACCAAGACCAGCGAUUGACUGCACAGGAGGCGAUUGCUCAUGAAUGGAUUUCAGGGAAUGCUGCCUCGAAUAAGAACAUCAAAGAUGGAGUUUGUGCACAAAUAGAAAAGAACUUUGCUAAAGCCAAGUGGAAGAAAGCUGUCAGAGUGACUACACUCAUGAAGAGGCUUCGUGCAUCCGAGCCUGGGGAUUCUGGAGCUUUCGAUCCCGCUGCCAGUGCUGCCGGUGGUGCCCCUGCCGGUGCCGCUACAGGUCCAACAGGCAGUAGCGGUGGCCUUGCUGCCAGCUUAAAGCCCGCUCUUAGUGCUAAUGCUCCUGACACACAGAAUGAUGCCACACCUUUGCCCACUCAGCCAAGUGCAGACGGACAGGAAGAGAAGGCGGACAAACGGUGCAAUGGCGAUGCUCUUUAGGAAAGGAAAGAAUUAAACACAAGAUUCAACUAACAAGCACAUGAGCAGCACAGCUAAUAUGGUUUGCAUAAUCAUGUGGUGUUUAUGUUCUCUAAAUAUGUCAUGCAUUUCAUGAUUUCUACCUUCUGUACUGACUAGUUGUUAAUGUUCUCUACCCUCUUGUUAUUUUGUGUGCAAGUCCCUUUAACACUAGUCAUAAGGCGCUCCAAUUUUGCUCUAUUUUUUCCAUGAAAAGCUGUACAAAAGGCAUAGUGUAAUUAAUUGACGUCCAUUCCUCUUUCAUCAUCGACUGACUGUAUGUACUGUAUAUGUAGUGUGGAUAAUAUUCAUUUGUUUCAACCAAUGACUAGUAGUAAGCUUCAGCGCUUCCAUUCUUGAGUUGAUGACUUAAAUGUGUAUUUACUUGCACACAGACUACUUUCCAAAGUGAAUAUUUGAAUUACACGCUCAGUAUAAGUAAACCAAGUCUUUGGUGAGCAGAAACCGCCACAAAAUAUCCAGAAAAUCCUUUUUUCGAAGAGGCGAGGCCCCACCAAUGUAAAGAUAUCCAUCCAUUCAUUUUCUACCGCUUGUCCCUUUUGGGGUCGCGGGGGAUGCUGAAGCCUAUCCCUGCUGCAUUUGGGUGGAGGCGGUUUACACCCUGGACAAGUCACCUCCUAAUUAAAUAGAUUAAAUCAUAUGUUUAAAAUAACUGGUAUCAACCAUUUACACGUGUGUCUGGCUGUAUCACAAAUGUUUGUAAAUUAUUAACAUAUUUCACAGCGAUCACAUAAAUCACAUUCAAGUUGAUUGGCAGCAAGAAAGCUUUUUUUUAUUUUUAGUUAAAGUGCCUUAAUAUUUUUUGCAGUACUAAAUGUUUCAGAAGAAACAGCACCAUUAUGAAAAUGACUUAUUUAUUUCUUUGAAAUGUUAUAGCCUCUUCACUUUGCUCUUGUUUUUAGAGUCUUUAUUAUUGCAUUUUCCCCAUGAUGCUUAAUUUUAGAUGAAAUUAGGAUUUAAUACACCCAAUGUGGAGUAUUGUUUUAGACGUUUUUCUUCUGUUGUGCUAUCAAAUGUUGUUAUUAAUCAUUCCUUAUUCUGUAUCACAAUGUACUGUAGAUCUGCAUUGUAUAGAUGUGGUUUGUUUAUGAUUCUAUGUGUAGUGCAACAAUUAGCUGAGCUAACAAGUUGCUA